UCUGCUGAGUCCUUGCAAACAUGAAAGUUCUGCUGAUCGUCGCCUUGGCACUGGUCGCCGUGGCCGCCGCCCGACCCUCCGACGUGAUCGACAUCGAGCAGGACCACAUGGAGCACGAGCAGGAGGGCGAGCCUGGAAGGGCCGUGGAGGGCGAGUACUCGUGGGUAGCGCCCGACGGCAACGAAUACGUCGUCAAGUACGUCGCCGACCGCUUCGGUUACCGAGUCGUCGAGGACAACGUCCUUCCGGAGUUCCGCGACGCCAAGCCCACCGGCGAGGCAGAGGAGGAGGACGAGUAGACGAACGACCUGAAAUCCACUUCAUUUGUCUUUCAUUAAAAAUAAAUAAAUAAAUAAAAAUGGGCGUAAAGCUACUCAGAGUUAUAUGAAAAACGAAA